AUGACUGUCACAUACGACUCUCCCGCUCGAGGGUCCCACACAUCAAUGGCGACCCUCGAAGACCGGUUCCAAGUGAUGAAGGAAGUGGGCGAUGGGAGUUUUGGAAGCGUCGCUGUGGCCCGGGUCCGGACCGCCGGAUCCCAUAUCGCGCGCCGCGGAACGAUGGUUGCGAUCAAGACGAUGAAGAAGACCUUCGACUCAUUAGGCCCGUGCCUGGAACUCCGUGAAGUCAUCUUCCUUCGCACAUUGCCUGUGCAUCCGCACCUCGUCCCCGCCCUCGACAUCUUCCUCGACCCUCUAUCCCGCAAACUGCACAUCUGCAUGGAGUACAUGGAUGGCAACCUCUAUCAACUGAUGAAGGCCCGCGAUCACAAGUACUUUGAAGGCAAGCAUGUCAAGAGCAUCCUCUAUCAGAUCCUGUCCGGACUGGACCACAUCCACGCCCAUCACUUUUUCCACCGUGAUAUCAAGCCCGAAAACAUCCUCGUCUCUACCUCUACCUCCACCGACUCUACCUUCAGCCGCUACUCUAACCUCGUGACUCCCCCAUCAACACCUCCCACCUAUACCGUGAAGAUUGCCGACUUUGGUCUCGCCCGUGAGACUCACUCCAAACAACCAUACACGACCUAUGUCUCCACCCGCUGGUACCGGGCGCCCGAGGUGCUUUUGCGAGCUGGGGAAUACUCUGCCCCCGUCGACAUGUGGGCCGUGGGUGCCAUGGCCGUAGAAAUCGCGACCUUGAAGCCGCUUUUCCCCGGAGGAAACGAGGUGGAUCAAGUGUGGCGUGUAUGCGAGAUUAUGGGAAGCCCUGGCAACUGGUACAGCAAGUCGGGAGCCAAGAUCGGUGGUGGUGAAUGGCGCGAAGGAUCUCGGUUGGCCCAGAAGUUGGGCUUCCAGUUCCCCAAGAUGGCUCCGCACUCGAUGGACAGCGUCCUGAACCCUUCGAUCUGGCCCGUGGCUCUGAGCGAAUUUGUUACUUGGUGUCUCAUGUGGGAUCCCAAGAGCCGUCCGACUUGCACCCAGGCGAUGAACCACGAGUACUUUGCCGAUGCGGUCGACCCCCUGCGACCCAAGUCCUCGACAUCCGCGAGACUGCUUGGCCGCAAGCAGUCCGAGAAAAGUUUCAAGUCCCCGACCCUCACCCCCAACGACUCCCCGACCCUCUCUACCAAGUCUUCGUGGUUCCGCCGAUCCCUCAUUGGACGCUCCGAAAGCCCAGUUCCUGGUGCUGAAGGAGACAGCCCUGCCAGGCCCCCAGCGGUUUCAUAUAAUACAAACCCUGAGGUCCAGCCUGCGAAGAUACGCCCGGGAAACACCAAGCGCGCGACGUGGGCGAACGGUGCUCCCAUGCCUAUUCUGCCUUCUAUCCGCCCUGUGUCUCCGCUCUCCAACUCUGUCACUGCCCAGGCUAACGCGACCGUGGCUCACACCGAGACACUAAAGCCCGCUGAGGCCGAGGCCUCCAAGAACAAGAAGAUUGGCCGCCAAUUAUCUCUCAACUCGAAUGGCAACCACUACUCGGAUGCCCACCGCCAGGAGGCGGAGCGCAUGCUGAAUGGCUCUGGGAACACUACGCCGACUACGAAGGAGAGCUUCUUCUCUCACCUUCGCAAGCGUGCUCGUAGACUGUCGGGACGCAACCAAGCCAAUGCCGCCAGUGAUGAUAUCGAAGCUAACGCUGGAUGCAUCCCUUGGUCAAAUCGCUCUUCUAUGGCUCUUGAUGGGGCUAAUGUUGCAGAACCGAAGCCUCAAUCUGACCUGAGUGAGCUGGACAAAGCUCUGCAGAGUGUCAAGUAUUCUUUGGACUCGUCCACCCUGAGCAAUGUCCCGGUGCAUCUGAACUCGGAGAGCAAUGUCACCAAGCGACAGUCUAUGCCCCAGACUACCAGCAACCCGGCGCCCAACUCGAGCAGAACACGGCGUGCUCUGCAGAUGACGAGCCACCCUGUUCACCGCUACGAGACUCCUGAGGAGGAAGACGAGCUGUUGGACGAGGUGCUCCACUCUGCCAGCAAGGCGGCGAAGCGCCUGGCGCAACCCCAGUCGAUGGCUGCCCAGUCUCCUAGCUUGAUUCACCGCCAGACGGAUAACUCGCGCGCAUUGCCGAGCCCAUAUCCUACUCCCUCGCCUACAGCUAAGGCCGAUAGCUACUUUGACACCCCUGUGAGACAACAGCACAUUCCCAAGUCAGACCCGAACUCCAACCGCCAAUGGCCAACUCCCCCCUAUGAGGAGAGCGAGUGGAACCACAAGGCUUCCUCGCAAUACUUCUCUUCCGGAACCAACUACAUUUGA